AAAAAACAGGAAGCCAACAAAGUGCUGUACCAGCUGCGUAAGGAGGGAAAGGUUGAGAAGCAGAGUGACAACAAAUGGGUUGUCCGGGCAGAUGACACAGAGGUGGAAUGUCAUCAGAAAACCGCCCAGUUGAAAAGCGAACUGAAACUUGACUAAAGCAGAAGGUGCAUUCAUUCCUAGGCAGUUUUUGCACUGAACCUUGUCCAGGGUGGUAGAUUAACCCCAUGUAGUGUUCUCUGAGGGUACUCUGCCCUAGGACAUUUCUUUUGUAAUACCUGCAAUCUUGGUGCAUCCCAGAAGCAGACAAAAGUUGGCUCUUCAGAAAUAUCUUGGAAAUCUCUUUUGCCAGAAGCUGGGAAUGAGUGACAGGGGAUGAAUCACUUGGUGAUUACCUGUUCUGUUCAUUCCCUCUGGGGCACCUGGACUGGCCGCUGUCGGAAGACAGGAUACUGGGCUAGGUGGACCUUUGGUCUGACCCAGUAGGGCCAUUCUUUUGAGUGUCAGGCUCCUCUCUUCGCUCAGACAUGGGGGGUCUGCACCCAGGGAAGGGGGUAGUUUAAUCUUCUACAGAAUACUCCACCCAUCCUGUAAAAGCCUCUCCAUGGCUCCAGCGUCAUAAAGCUGUGAUAAGGAACCAGGUUCCCAGGCAGGGGAAUCUGGCACUGCCAUACCCGUUGCACUGGAGACCUUCAUCCCUCCAGGAAGCAUCUGGAAGGCAUAGGCCCUGUAAGUACAGCUUCUGCAGAAGAAUGAUCCUGUGGAUCUCAUGGGAUCCCCAACUUCUUCCACAGGAGGGUCAAUCACUCCCUGAACCUCACAAUGAAAAGCUCUGCAUGAACCCCCUAUGGGCUUCGAUCCAGUGUCCUUUCCCCUUCAUGGGGACCAUGGGGCCCAUUAUUAGCCAGGGAUCUUUGGCUGGGAUAGUUUUAAGAUAACUAGAGAGAGGACAAACUCCACAUAAAGGCAGAGAAGUGCCCUUCCCCCUCCCUGAUUAACUCAAGCCAUGCAGCAAACCAACCAUCUGCCAAUAUCCUAGCUCUACUAAAGCCCCACAUUUUCUGGAGGUGGGUGAAGAUCAGAACCGAGGGUAUGCAGCAAAGAUGCCUGCUCCCCUGGGAGCCUGCUUUAGGAGAUGGGGACAAGAAAGGAAAAUGGGGAAUCAGUCACUCUUCCUAGCUAAAUAGCAGAACUUUUCACAAAUCCCCCGCCCCCCAAAAUACAGUGCUUAACAAUGUUCUUUGUUGUAGAUGACAGUGCCCUAGUCCCAUUGCACCAGCCUGUGAACACUGUGACUCCUGUGAAAGAUGACCUCAGACUGUCAGAAAAUCAGAAAAAGAUUUACCAGUUUCUGUCAGAAAAUGGAUCUUGCCGUGCAUUAGGCAUUGCCAAAUAUAUGGGAAUGAAGACACAAAAGGAAGUCAAUGCAGAUUUAUACGCGAUGCAGAAAAAACAUAUCCUCAGCCAGAAGGAAGACACAAAGCUUUGGUCAGUUUACGGACAGGGCACAGGUUACAAAGCAACAAAUCCUGGAGCAAAUAAGGAAGCAGUGCCAGUUAUUAUUCAGCAUAAUCCAACAAACAUUAUCUAUCAGGGAGGAGUGCAAAACACCAUCUCUAUAGCUGAUUCCAGAGCUACUCAAAUUGGAAACUACAACUCACUGAAUCUAGUGGAUAAAAAAGAUGAUUCCAGACCAACUGUUCCAAGUCUUAGGGCUGCAUCAGAGAAUGCUGAUAUGUUGCCCUGUGAAGUAGAAGCUAAAACAACCACCCAGGGUGGUCAGGAAAUUGAUGUCACCGAGUCCACACUCAAGAAUACUGUCAUUGGUAAUGAUAAUCAAAUGAAUAUCAUUAUGAAGAACUUCGUUGACAGUCGAGAGGAGCAUCUAGACCAAUAUGGCACUCCAGAAAAGAAUCCAUUUGGUGACAUUCUUUCUGCCAGCCCUGGACUGUCACUGAAAAUUAACACCUCCCGCCGCGGGGAAAGGAGAGCUCCAUUUCAAAGAGUCAGCAUCAACAAGUCUCAGAUGGAGAACGUCAUGAUCGGAAACAGCAACCAAAUGAGCAUUCAUGAGCAGUGUGGUUCUGCCUGCCUCGCAGAUGAGGAGACAAAUGAGGAAGACGAUGUUUCAGAUUCCAACUUGACUUCGGAGCAAAGCAAAUGGACAUCCUGUGAUGAUAACAGCAUGGAUCAGUCAAGUGACAUUUCCAUCCUUUGUGAAAAGCUGCAAGAUGUAAUCAUUGGGAACAACAACUACAUGAAUGUAGAAGAAACUGCAGAUACUGAGAGGGGUGAAGGAGAUGAAGACAUAUAAUAGAUAUGUGGGGAAAGCAAAGAUCUUGCUUAUGAGGCCCUUGCAGAAAUUCACAAAUGUGAGCAGGAAGAGGUAAAGAAACUUGCUAAUUCUAAUUAUUUUUGCCAUGGAGAAGGAAGAUAUUUUCUGUGAUUUACAGACAAUAAAUGGAACAGGACACACUGUUCUCUGCCUACUCAAAAUGUUGAAAAGCAAACAGGAUCCCUAUAUCUUUCCUUAGGGAGUUCUUCUGCAAGAGAAAGAAAAGUAACGGAGUGAAUCAAUUUUAUGCUCCCUGUGAACUUUCAGAGUCCUAGCACUAUCGUAAACCUUGAAUCCACCCAGGACUUGGAAAUCUUGUGCUGUGGCAAGUGACAAAUUUCAAAUGCAGCUGCUAUAAAACUCAGUUGCUUACAACUAGUUUGCACCAUCCUUCUGCUGGUAGGCUCCAAGGCAAGCUGCUAAAUGGAGGUGAUAGCCCAGCAUGAGCUAUGACUCAAUUUGGUGGAGAGAGCUUUCAAAUUCUGCCUCUUUGGAGAAGGAGAUGAGCUAAUGGGUGAGGUGCAGGGGUGAGAAGAAAGAAUGCAAAGCAUAUUGUUCUUGUCAGUUUAAGAUUCUGAACCUCUUCUGGGACCCAGCCCAAAGUGGGAACCAAGGUUGUGGAGCCAAAGCUGAGCCACUCCAAAGAGACUACUCCAUCCUAGUAGACAAUUGUACUUGGGACAGUGGAUACUGGGAUUCCUACCUCAGAGCUGGGAAAGGGGAGGCCUGUUCAAACCAGCUAUACAGACACAUUUAGGGGGUCCUGUGUGUACUGCAAGAACAGCUGAGCUAAGCCUGGUUACCAAAAGUUAAGAGGUGUCUGUUACUAACAGAGUUCAGUGUUUCCAGCUCUCAUUAAGUUGCCAUAAGUCUCGCAAUGUUCACUGACUUUCUUAAAGCCCCAGCUCCUACAACUCAGAACCUCUCUUCUUGUUUUUAAAAGGAAAAAAAGGCUGAAAAUGUGAACAAAGCAUGAUCUCCAGGCUCAGAAACCAAAAAGUCAAAUAAAAAGAACCCCAAAAGGUGCAGAUUUUUAAAAUCUCAUGAUUUUUUUAAACUGCUCUCAUGAUUUUGGGGCUUGAUUCAUAAUAUUUGAAUGCUUGGGGUUGCUAAUACUGAUCACGUGGUGCUUGGACAUUACCAUGCCCGUAGCUGGUUACAAACUGUUCUAAACAUUGUAGUAUGGACAGGGUAUUAUACAGCUGGGCUCCAGAAGUCAGGAAUCAUUAGAGGAGAAUGAGGGACUCUGGAAUUUUCUUUCCUUUCAGCUCAAUGGUUCCACACUAUGUUGACUUCCCAGGUACUUCCUAGGCCUGUGUCUUCAUGCAGGUCUUUCCCAGAGGGAUUAUUUUGGUUUCUCUCUCUCUCUCAACAUUAUGCUAAUUUAGAUAAUUAUUGUCAGUGUUUUUGUCAAUGUUUAGAUUGUUUAUGUGACAAGAAAGCAAGUGAUGGGCACAUUGUAUAAAUAUGACAAAUUAAAUUAAUGCUGCAGCUGGGUUUUUAAAAGGGAUGAAUGAUUUUAUUUGUAGUCACAGAGACAAAUUGAAGGUAAAUGGAUUCCCUGCUGCAGAGUGUAAGCUGAUCACUCUACAUGUCAGGAAGGUAUUGACCCAUCUACCACACAGUAGCCUUUGAUAGCUAUGCUAUGGGUUGAUGUACCUGCUCAGCUCUGGAGCUCAAAGACCAGAAACCAAAAACAAAGUUCACGCAAAUCCCUACAAAUCAACACACCAGGUGAACUAAAGUAGCUGGUUUGAAUCCUGGAAAGGGGAUCAUGUCUAUAUACAAAUAUGGGGCCAAAUUGUCCAAUCUGCCUGAGCUCCCCAAAAGCUGAGGGAGAAAGUGGAGAGGGAGAUAAAUGGGUUUCCUUCCCCUGUAUUCUGGACCCAGCCCCAAUGUAUGGUACAACAUCAGCAGUGCUCUUACAUUUGGGCUACCUAGAGCCCCCUCAGGGGCCAUUCCAGCAGUGGCAUUCUGCUUCUCUUGGCCAUGUCUCCAACACACCCUCUCCACCAAGUGCUGUGAAAGGAGAUGGUGUCAUUCCCCUCUGCCAAAUCCACCAGCCUUUGUUCUGCCAGAGUGACAUGAAGGGUCCCGUUGGAGCAUUGAGCCAGUGGGAUUUCUCGACCACCUUUUAAUGUCACUGCUGCAUUUCCUGUUCAGUCAGACAUUGAUCAAUCUGCACCUUGUUUUUCAAGGCAAGGUAGAACUAGCCAGUGAAAAGUGUAUGACCCCAGAGUUAAUUUACCUCCAUAACUAAGUAGUAAACUAAAUCAAAACCACUUCAGUAGAGCAUGAAAAAUUUAACGAAUGAGUAAAAAUAUUGAUAGGUACUCUCUGCAAAUCAGUGGAGUCACAGUGUUGAAUGUGUCCUUUUAACUCCAUGUCUGAAAAGACCUAGAUGUAUAGCACUCCACCUAAUAAUUACUAUUUCAAGUUGCUUAACUCAGGGGUGAAUGGAACCAGCGACAUCAAUUUGCAUGUGCAAUUGUAAUAUCUAUUCAGCCAAAGUGACUCAAGAUGGCAUCAGAACUACCUCUGUGUUCCUUUCAAAACAUAACAACAAACUCAAGAGGAUUGGUGUCAGGAUUUGUGCGUGUAAAGCCAAGAGCAUACUGUAUUUGUAGUCAGUGGAUGACAAGCAACUGACAGAUCCCACCUCCACCCCCAGUCAAAGCAGCUGAGAUGCAUGUCAAGCUUACUUUGACUGCAAUGUGAUCGUUCUGUUUUCCUGUGUGGAGGUAGCUCUAAAAUUAGGGACACUGGAAAAAACAGACUGAAAAAAGAAAGAGAGAGAAAGCUCUCUGAUCAUAGCUAAAUAGCAAAUCAAUGCCAAAUGUCAGAAGUGAUCUAAGUGUCGGCGUAUGCCUCACUAUACCAAAGUCAGAUCGUUGUCCCGUGAUGUCUGGUAUUCCACUUCAGGAGUGGUUGUAGAGAUUAGAGACCCGGGACAUCAUGGUCAGGGUUAUCUCCUGUUUACACAGACCCUUAUCUCCUCACUAUAUGCCCCCCAAUGGCCACCCUGAAUAGUAGCACUACACAUUUAUACCUAACUCCACAGGGGUCAAUUCCAAUAAUUAAAGGCUUAAAUUAUUCCUUCUAUGGCUUAAGGAAUUGCCAUGUGAGUAAAGGGCAGGAGAUCCUUCAGAAAACCCAAUAAUUGACCUAUUUAAGUCAAUGAGAAUUUUUUGGCCAUUGGGACAAAUAUCAAGCUUAACAUGGGCCUGAGUUUGAAACCCUUACUGAUGCUGUGUGGCACUCAUUCAAUGGGGGAUUAGUCAUGUAAAUAAGUCCUAUCUGAUGUGAGUAAUGGAGGCAGAUUUUGGCCCUAAAUCAUUACAUGAAUUGAUCUUAGGCUCAGGAGAAACUGCAUGACUCAGUUCUAGCUUUAAAUAAUAAAUCUCAAGCCAUAAAGUACCAUUUGGCUUUUGUCAAAGUUGAUCCAAAAGGGCUGUGCUGAAUAAUAAAAAAUAUCAUGGCUUUUGGUGUUAAGUUGCAUCUUCAAGCAUAAAAUCCAGCCUUGAUGAUGAAGCGGAGCCCAGCCUGUUUCACCCAGGCCAAACAUACUCAACAAGACCCUUAUGCUACUUUUCAUUUAGAGGAAAUGUCUUUACAUGGAAAGAAAAGAAAAAUCCUUGACAGAUAAGUAAUUAGGAAACAUCUGGCAAAACUGAAGGCAAAAGAAUUCAUUCCAGGCAAAGGUGGUUAGCUGAACGCUUUUCAUCGUGACUCCAAUUUAGCAUUUAACGAAAAAAAUAACACUCCCUGAUGAAGUGUUUAAAAUGGCAGAUGGCAAAAAUUAUGUAGAUGUCUAGCACAAGAUGCUAAAUAGAUUAAGGGAAAAACAUAUUGGAUAGUCUAAAUGUGGAGAUGUGCGCCCAGAGGCAGGGCAAGUAUUUUGAAACUGUCAUGAUAUUUUUUGAUAGAUUUCCUAGAAGCAGUGUGGUUCCAGGAAUGACAGGUGAUUGGAAAGGCUGAGUCCUGGACACUGCAGUGUUUGCCUUGGAAGUACAGGGUACCUGUUUCCAGUGAUGGUAGUUCCUGGAAUGGCAACACAGCAGGAACGCUCCAUAUGCUAUGUUCUCCAGUGCCCUGCACCUCGUGCCAUCAUUUACACCGUACAAAUUGGGUAUAAAACGCCACUGAAUCCGAAUGAUAGCAUACCCGCUUUACAGGGGUGUCAGUGAUGAUACUGGGUGUUUGGCAGUGAAGAAUCAGACUUACGGUGUCUGUACUGUACUGUAAUUUAUUGCUGUACUAGUCUAUCCCAGGUACACACUGCUUUAUGAGCUUACAACUGGGACCAAUACAUUAUUCAGUAAGAAAGUGUGAACUCUGCCAA